AAUCAUCUAAGGUGGGAAAAUAAUAUUCUUGUUUAGAGGUAGAUACAGAAUACACUCGCAUAUUAUAUAAAGCUAGGUACAUUAGUUCAAGAAAGAACAUUGUUCAUUCUCAUCAUCUUUAAAAGUGAUGGAGAAAAAUAUUACUGAUGCAGAAUCAUGCAUGGAGAAGAAGGUGAAGCUAUUUGGAUUCGAGCUCGAUUUGUGUCAAAAACGGAAGGAAAUUGAAGGAGAUGAAAGUGUGAAUUCAUCAUCUUCUUCUACUGUAACAUCAGGAAGAGAGAAAGCUACCUUAGAUAAGGGCGAAAAUGAGAAAUUCAAUAACGAAACAAGCCUUGUGCCCAAUAAAUUAGAGAUUGAUCAAGAACAGAAGAAAUUCGAGUGCCAAUAUUGUUUCAAGAUUUUUGCAAAUUCACAAGCCCUGGGAGGCCAUCAAAAUGCCCACAAAAAGGAAAGAAUGAAGAAAAGGAGGCAGCAGCUUCAAGAAAGAAAGGGAAACAUGAUCAACUAUUACCACAAUAUUCAGCCCUUUCAGAAUUCUAACAGAUAUUAUGGAUCUUCUGCAUGGUUUUAUGAUCCUUCAUGUCAUGCUCAAGCUGAAUUUACACUCUAUGAGGAGUCUCAAAUCAGCUUCGGCCCGUAUCAACGCCUUCCGUCUCAACAAGAUACGCAUAUAUUCAGCCUUACGUAUCCUGAUGAUAAUAGGUCGAGAGAUCGGAAUAUGACGCCAGUCGUCGUCAGAAAGCCCUCAUCUUCGCCUAAUCCGAAGAGUAAUUGCAAAACUUUAGAUCUUAAGUUAGGGUUGAGUUUAGAAUAAUCCACUAUUGAAUCUCAAGUAGAGAAAUAUUGGUUAGGAUAAUUUACUUCUUGAACUUUUAUUUCUAUUUUAAGUUAAUUAGGGUUAAACCACACCUAUGGCUCCCGUAUAUUGUUGAAAUGCAAUGAUUUGUAUUAAUUAAGGUUCAUACACUUUUGUCAAUCAUUCUUAGAGAUUCAGCACAAAAUGAGAUUUA